AGUUGAUAUUGCUGACACGAUAUCCACUCUGAAUGAGAGCAAGUGGACGGCCUACACUCUAGUGGCUCGCACUCGGAAUAGAAGAUUUUUUCAGGGCGAGUUGCCUGUUCCGCAAGGGAAGGCCAUGCUGUUUCAGUCUCCCAACUUCGAUAACCUGGACGACAACAACAUUUUCAUCAUGCUGUGUCCAAUUGCUCCUCGACACCCUCAGACUGUGUCAGAUGUCUUUAUUGUCGGAAAAUUCUUCUCUGGGGACCAUGAUAUGGGGAAGGUCCAAGCUAUUCCAGUCAUGUACAAAUGGCUGGAAGACUCUUCAUACCUCAACCUUUUGACAGUAUUGAGAGCACUGCACCUGACCCCUACUUCAAUUAUCUGUGAUGCGAAGUCCACCUUGAAAACAGCUGUGCAGACUGUGUGGCGUUUUGCCUCUGUUACCAGCAGCUUAUACUUCUUCACUCUGGCUAUGUUUACACUGGAUUUGACAAUACGAUGUCCCAAAUCAUAUGUUAAUUACUUGUCAACAAAUGUGUUUUGA